AUGUCUCCAAUGGGGGGUUCCCAAGAUGCUGAUGAUGAUGUCAAUCCUUUCUUGUCAGAACCCAUUAUCUGGCCUACCCCAACAGUUUGGUCAGACAUCUCCCUUGGUAUGGCUGCCAUUGCUGAAGGUGAUGACACACCAUGUCCUGGGCCUGGACUCUCUGCCCCCCCUCUCAAUACCCCAGCAAUGCCAUCCAAGACCCCUCCCAGUGGACCCUCUCCCCCCCAUCUCAAUACUGUGGCAGCACCAUCCAAGACCCCUCCCCGCAGACCCUCUCCCUCCCCUCUCAAUACUGCAGCAGUGCCAUCCAAGCUGCCUCCCUGCCACCCUUCUGUACCCCUUCUCAAUUCUGUGGCAGCGUUGUCCAAGCGACUUCCUGAAGUAUACUCAGAAAACUAUAUUGACAUCCUGGAAACAUGGAAGGAGUCAGAAGAACUGCAAGAUUUAGGUGGAACAGUCACUCAGCAUCAGCAACUUUUCAACAAGUCCAUGAAGGAUCUAGAUCACAUUUUUUCCAGACUCUCAAAAGUGCAUGGGAUCAAAGGUGUGUACAUGUUGGCUGGGAAGAUUGUGAACCAGGAUGUUGGACUUGCCCAUCCCUUCACUACAGCAGGUGCUGAAGGAUUCUUUCAUUCUCAUUGUCAUGUGGAUACUGAUGAAAUCAUUGGGCAUUUCAAGGCACAUAUAUACAACAAGGUGUCUCUUGACAGUUUGGCUGAAGUCUUCGAAGACCACACCAAAGAAGCUAAGGAGGUAGUUGCUUGUGGAGGAAAAGGGAAACAAUGUGCUGUCAAUGUCAAGAAGGAUCAGUCUGAUGAUGAAGUCGAGAUUAUUGAAAAUAGCGAGUGA